GAAAGUUAGCUUUCAUCCAGAACUUGAUGUCUGACUGACAAUCCAUCAGGACAGCAGAGGUCCUGGAGUCGAGGGUGGAGGCCAGAGAUAGUUCAGGUAUACAGAUAUCCGUAAACAUUUUUUGGAAGCUAAAAGAAAAUCUACAAAACCACUUAAUGAAGACAAUACGGUUAUCCAGGAAAUGUAGAGCCAUGCAAUAUAUAAUAAUGAAUUGCAAAGAAGGGAGGAGGAAGGGAAAUUUUGCCUGAUCUUGCAUACUUUUUCAUUGUAGCUAUUGGAAAGAGCCAGGAGCAUGUUGUCAUGUUUACAAUACAAAUUUACAUUUAGAGAACACCUUUCAUGUUGAGAGGAUGUCCUAAAGCACUUAACAGUACUGGCUGGGCAUGCAAGCUGGAGGUGAGAGCCGAAGGGUGGGGAGUGGAAAGAUGACCGAAAGCACCAUCAAAGAGGUGGAUCUUGAGACAGACCCUGAACAAGGAAUUAAAGAAGCAUUAACUCGGAAUAAGAAUAUGCGUGAAAAGAGAGCCGAAUCAGUUGACUUUGUCAAGGAUUUCCAGGAGUAUCUCACUCAGCAAACACAGCAUGUAAACAUGAUUUCCGGUUCCGUGUGUAACGAAAAGGAGCCAGAAUUAUUACAGCCCGCUGGGACAGAAAAUCAUCAAAAUGGAAUCCACCAUGCUUCAGUUGAAGUUUCACUUGAUGAUGGUUCUGGAAUGAUAGGCGAAGGGCCAGAAAGGACACCUGAUGGAAAGUUGAAGUGUCAGUACUGUAACUACGCCAGCAAAGGGAUCGCACGGCUGAUGGAGCAUACCAGAAUGCACACAGGUGAAAAGCCCCACAGGUGCCAUCUCUGUCCGUUUGCUUCAGCUUAUGAACGUCACCUGGAAGCACAUAUGCGCUCACAUAGAGGUGAAAAACCAUACAAAUGUGAACUUUGCUCCUUCCGUUGCAGCGAUCAAAGUAAUUUGUCUCAUCACCGUAGACGCAGGCACAAACUACUUCCUCUGAAAGGACGCAGAACGUCUCUAUCCAAUAAAAGAAUGAUGGGAAUUUUGCAGAAGAAAUCCAGCUUCUCCCUGAGUUACGGAAGAAGAUCUCUAAUUAAUUUAAGCCCUCCUUCUAUGUUGAUGCACAAGUCAGACUAUCUCAAUGACUUUACUCACAAUAUUUCAACUGAAUCGUAUGAUGGUUUUUCAAAAGUACAGUCUGGCAUAAUCACAAGAGAUGUACAGGACAUGAUGGUAGACAAUCCUUUAAAUCAGCUUUCUGCUCUAGCUGGACAGCUUUCCAGUUUAGCACGAGAAAAUCAAGCUCCGGUAUCACCUGAGGACAUAACCUGCAGAGAUGAAAAGCCAUUUGUCAUCCACCAGUCUACUGCACCAGUCGUUUCUACAGUAGUUUCUACCAUGGCUCAAACCUCAUUCAGUGCAAGCCCUGAUGGACAUGCCAUGCAUAAUCAAAGAAACUUCAGUCCUUUGGCAGGGCCCAGUAGUGAAAGAAGUGCGCACAUGAGUUCACCUUGCAUAACAAAUAGCCAGCCCAGCACCCCUGUUCCUGCAAUUCAGGGUCAGGAUCCUCAGCUUCUGCACCACUGCCAACAUUGUGACAUGUAUUUUGCAGACAAUAUCCUUUACACUAUUCACAUGGGGUGCCAUGGUUAUGAGAACCCAUUCCAAUGUAACAUAUGUGGGUGCAAAUGUAAAAAUCAGUAUGACUUUGCUUGUCAUUUUGCCAGGGGUCAACACAAGCAAAAUUAAGGUGUUCUAUUUGUUUAUUAAAACUUUAAAAAAUUCA